AUGGCGACCCGGCAGCGUGACGUCAUCCAGCUCGUUGCUUCAGAGUGCAACUCCUUCGCCGAGCGAUUCUUUGCCGAGCACCGUCGGCACUUUGAAGAACUAAGCAGUGAUGAUGUUGGAUCUGCAGAGCAGAAAGCUGAAUGGUUUCAGAUUUUCAAGAGGUUCGAGGCUGAGGCAGAGUUGACAGUGCAGAAUGCAUUGAUGCUGUGGGGUGCCGUCCAGGCCAAAACUUUCGAACAAGAAUUCAUCGAGGCGGCUAUGCAAUCCGAUGCACUCAAUGACUAUCUGUCCUUGACAGAGUAUCCGAUGUUUGUGAAGCGCAUGUGGCGAGAGAUUCAGCAGAAGCGCGAGAGAGAUGCCAAGCUCGGGGAGGACCGCGUGACGUCUCCGAAAUUCCGGCGCCAGACGUCGAAUCGGCCGACCACGCCACUAGAGGACAGCAUGCUUUCCGAGCGCUUAGCCGCGUUGGAUCAACGGCUGGCAGAAAUUGAGACUGAACGCAACGCGCUGCUGCUGGAGCGCCGGCAUCUUGUCGGCCGUGACGUGAUGCCAGACACAAGCGAGACCCUGAAGCGCGAGAUCAAUCUUCAGCGAUAUCGGGAGGAGAUCGGAUUGGACUGA